CGUCUCCCUCCUCCAGCGUCCGCACCCCAUGUGAGAGGUCUCUCUCGGGAAAAGCUCUCUCAAAGAGAAAAAAAUAAUAAUAAUAAGAAAAUGCAAUCUCUUCAUCUCUCCUCAAGAACAAACUACGAACCUUCUCCUCUCCUCUUUCUCUCCCCCUUCCUUCCACACCCCUCGAUGUCCUGUUUGGAAUAUCUCUUCAUCAACAAAGAUGGGAUGUACUUCUUCCAUCUCGAAGAGAUACGACAUUCGGCGGAAGAAGAAGUUGUGUAUCCAAGAAGUAGUUGUUUUCAUCCCGCCGAUGAAAAUUCCCAUGGAAACCGACAUUCUACGGCCUCUUAGAGGGCUCAUAUCUCGAGAUCUCUCGGAAAGGUUAUUGGCACUUCGAAAUCGGAUCUUGUUGUUGGCGGAGGGAACUGAUGUAUCUGCUAUUUCUGAACUCCAGCAAUCUCUUGAAGACUACAUGCCUUUCUUGCUUGGUUUGACAAAGAAAGAGUACAGACUCGAGGAAAUGGUGGAGUUCAAGUGGAAAAGUCUAGGAGAUGAUAAAAGAGAAAUCUGUAUAGCAAGCUCUUGGUAUGAAUUGUUGUCAACUGUCCACAUGAUGGCGAUGCUAUCAUUGUCGGAGGCAAAUACAAUGCUCAUUCCUAAGGAUUCCAAAGAUGUGUGCGAAAGGAAGGUAUCUGAAGACUGCAAGAAGACUGCUGUUGAUUUAUUGCUGAAGGCAUCAGGGUACUUACAAUGCUGUGUUCGGUAUAUAUUGGUUCAAAUGCCACAGAAUGUGAAGUUGAGACUGCCGAAAGACUUGCAGGAGGGUGUGCUGGAGGCUAUUUCCAUUCAAGCACUGGGCCUGGGAACUGAAAUGCAGCUUGGGAUGGCUGUUGAAAGCCAAAAAGCUACUUUGUCUGUAAAGAGGAGGUUGGCAUGUGAGCAAGUGAGUUAUUUUGCUCAGGCCCACCAUUGCUUAUCAGGAUGUGUCAGCGAAGGAUAUGGAAAGAAACAUAUAUUAUUCAUCAAAUGGAAGUACUUGGAGGCCAAGGCAGCUGCAUACUACUAUCAUGGUUUGAUCCUUGACAAGGGUAACAAACCAAUCGAUCACAUCAGUGCUGUGUGUUGUCUUCUUGCUGCGGAUGAGCUUCUCAUUGAUAGCAAGAGAGCCUGCUUAAGCUUUUGCCUUGACGUCCCAGUCACCAGAGCUCCUCCAGUAUGGGGUGCAAUGAAGCAUUUACAUCAGAAAAUUCCUGAAGUUGCAUCUAAGAAAUCUCAGAUGUAUGCAUACCUCUUUGAACAAGAAAAGUCUCCCCACGAGUUGCCUGACCUACCGGAUUUUCCUUUAUCCUUGAAGCCUGAUGACUAUGAAAUGCCAGAGGUGGACCCGUCAUGGGGUAGUGAAAAAUCUGAACCUGAGAUCCAAACACUCAAGGAACAUCUCGAAGAUGAGGAGGAGGAUGCAGUGGAGAUUGAAUGACACUGCAUGGCAUGCUUUGGUCUGGUAUGGGAAUCCUUUAUUCUACUACAGUUUCUUUGGGGACCGUAUUAUGGGGAAAGAUGGCUUUGCUUCACCUCGACCGACCAAGCACAUUAAUCUGAGAAGGGUUCAGAAUGGAUUUUGAAGUUUUUUGAACUUGGAAAUGCCAAUAGAUUCCCACCGACCAUCUUUAAAUGGGGAAAGAUGAUGGGAAAUGACUAGUAUCUGCAUGCUGUGUUGCAUCCAAGUCUUAUCUCAGAACCAUGCAUUGCUCAAUGCUAGUGUUAAUUAGAUCUUGAAUAAGAGAUUUAAGGUAUGAUUAAUGUACAAGUGCUUCCAUA